AUGGCCACCCCGAACAAACGGAGGAAAAAAUAUUUGGAAUGUGGUGAGCCGUUUCAACUGCCGCGCACGACGCACAACCGUAAUUCUGCACGGAUUGCCGAGUGCGCCGAUACCAGCCAGAGUGGCCACGGCACGAGUGUGAACGAACCUUCGCCAUCUACGUCAAGGAACGACCAGCCCACAAAUGAUGGAGUUCAGAGUGGCCAAGCCGAAGCGGACGGUUUCCUUGAAGAAACAUUUGACGGAGAGGACGGCAUGGUUGUUGAAGAUGAGUAUGGCAAUCCCGUUGAUCAGGGCGACGGCAUCAAUAUGAGACUUGAUCACGACAGUCACGCUUCUGACAGUGUGUCGGAUGCGCCCGUGUACGAUGAAGCUCAGUGUCUCGCGGACAGCUUUGCUGAGUAUGGGAAUAGCACCUUACCACACUCAACAACAACAAAAGCAGAGGCUGUGGCCCUCAUCAUGGCCUUCUUGACUUCAGAAAACAUGCCCUGGGCUGCGCUAGACAAAUUACUGCACCUAGUAAACACACUGUUUGGUGCUGGAAGUGAUGUUCUACCACGCAGCAAAUACCUUUUUAGGAAGCUCUGGGCAGCUAAGACUGAAAACGUGGUCAGAUACCACUAUUACUGUAGAGGGUGUGGAUCCUCCAUUGAUGAUGCCAGCGAGAGUGAAGCCAGGAAAGUGUGCUCCAAAUGUGCCAUGACAUUCGAGCUUGCCCAGGCCAAAAGCGAUGGCUGCUUUUUCAUUACAAUGAAUUUGCACGACCAAAUGAGACAUAUCAUCAGUCAGACGAAGCAGGUGCUUCAUGAGAAUUUGGUGAAGCUCAGAGAAGAAGCUCAGACACCUUCAGAUGUCAUUCAAGACAUUACAAGUGCAGCAGGCUACAGACAUUUUCAGCAGAGUGGUCUACAUGAAUGGACUGACCUCACCAUUACUUUCAACACGGAUGGCAGCCCUUUGUAUAAGUCCUCGAGAGCGUCGGUGUGGCCAGUUCAGUUUAUUGUUAAUGAACUUCCACCGAGUGAGCGGUUCAACCACUGUGUCUUGGGAGGACUUUGGUUUGGCUCAAGCCACCCGGACACGAGCCUCUUCAUGACCAAGUUUGUCGAGGAAGUGACGCCGCUGGGCUUGCUGACUUGGGAACACAACUCCACCGUCUUGUCGUCUAAGGUCCACGCCCUCUGCUGCUGCGUCGACGCACCUGCGCGGGCCGAGGUCCGACACCACGUGCAGUACAAUGGGUACUUCGGGUGCACCUGGUGCUUGGCAAGUGGAGAGCACCUGGAGGGAAGCCUGCGCUAUCGGGGCACAACACCUGAUGAAGAGAGGACCCCAGAAGGGGUGCGCAGAGACAUGCAGCUCGCCUUGCUGUCCGGUGCGUCGGUCAACGGAGUCAAGGGACCUUCCCCCCUCACCGACCUUCCCCACUUCAACCUGGUUUGGGGUUUCUCCGUUGACUACAUGCACUGUGUGCUGUUGGGUGUCACCAGGCAGUUCACAGAGUACCUGUUCAGCUCGACCAACUGCCGGGAGAACUACUAUAUCGGUAAGCUGUCAAUAUACACUUGCAGUGAAUACUGA